CGUGACCUCUCUCUUUACAAAACCUGUGCACGGACGUGACACGUGAGCAUGUUUGGUUGUACAUUAGAGACAAAGCUGCCCUCUUUACUCCUUCCAUUAUUGAAUUACAUUGUCUCAAGGUACAACUUCCCAAAUGCGCACUUCAUUUCUUGGUUUUUUUUUUUUUUUUUUUUUGGUAUCUACUAAAGAGAAAAAUGUGUGCUUUCUCUCAAAUUUCUUUCCACUGACUUUUUUUUAUUUCCAGAUCAAACUUGUGGGAUCAGUGAGUAAAUGGCUACAUUUCAUUCUGUUAAAGAUGCAGUGAAACGCUUUGAUGCUGGUUUCUCUGGAGGACUACAUCUAAACAAUAGGCAAGAGCAGGAUGUGCUGGUGGAGGAGACAAGUAUCUGUCCCUGGAAUAAAGAGGUAAACAAAUUGAAGGAGAAGAUAAAGAUUGCUGAGAUGGCGAAGAUUGAGGCUUUGUUAGAGCUUGAGGAAGCUAAGAAAACGGUUGAGCAUCUCAAUCACCAGCUGGGAAUUAGGGGGAACAUUAGAGAUGAUGAUGAGAAAGCUUUAGAUUUGAGUAGUAGUGUAAGAGCUGUGACUUCGGAGCUAGAUCUUGCUAAGCAAUUGCUUCAAAGAGUAGCUGAAGAGGAGAGUCAAUUAGGAAUUAGGCAGAACAUGAGAAGUGGUGAGAAAGCUUUAGAUUUGGGUAGUAAUGUGAGAGUUGUGACCUCGGAGCUAGGCGUUGCUAAGGAGUCGCUUCAUCGAGUAGCUGAAGAGGAGAGUGAAUUGUGGAUAUUAAUGGAGUCUCUUAAGCUCGAGCUUCAAAACUUGAAGAAAGAACAUGCAAGGCUUAAAGAGGAUGAGCAGAGAGAAACAGAUCAAGCCAUUGAGGAGCUGAAGAAGGAAGCUGAAGAUGCUAAGACCGAACUCUCGCUGCUCGAAGGAGAGCUCAAGAUUGCUCUUUUCGAGGCUGAAGAGACAAAGGCAGCAGAGGAACGGUUAAGUGUUUCAGAGACUUGGGAUCUAAAAUCUGAUUUCAGAGUAAUAGCUGAGCUGAACGAAAGUGGUGGUGAAUUAACUGAGACGGAAGCAUUAAGGGCUUGCAGAGACGAAACACUCAAGAAGCUAGAGAUGAGUGAGAGAGAGAUCGAAGAUAUCAAAGCUGCAACACAGGAUGCAUUGAAGAAAGCUGAGAUGGCCGAAGAAGCUACAGUUGUGGUGGACGCAGAGCUUAAACGACGGCGUAAGGCAGCUAGUAGGAUCCUGGCAGAAUCCAAAAUGUGUGCCAAAUCGUUUCAAUCUGCAAAGGAAGCGCACAAGUCAAAAUCGAGAUCCAAAGAAACUUGUUUGCUCAAGUGUUAGAAGAAUCUGACCUCGUUUGUAAUUGUGAUAACCUGUAACUCAUAAAUAGAAGAAAGUUGUCACUUUGUUGGUCGUGUUCAAACAUCAACUAACCAAAAAAAUUCGGCUAUGUUGAUUUUGUAAAAUCCUUAAGUUUAUUCUUCUUCUGUGACAAAAGUUUUGGUAAUUGGCAUUUACAAG